CCGACUUUGAGCAGUGUCCCGGCGAUUCGAUCAACCAGCAGCAUCACAACCAACAGCAGCAUGCGAGCAGUGAAAGUGGCGCAACGCCCAGCAGACCGUUCAAAUCGAAGAUUGCCAUGAGUACAAAGAGCGCCUCACACGCCGCCACGGAUCAUCAUCAUCAUCGGAGUGCCAUGCAGGAAUGGAAUGAUCGCAAAAACUACAAAAGCGACGAUUCCUACUCGGAAAUGUCAGAUACGGAUAACUUCCUUGCAAAAGGCGCUUUUCUCAUUACGCCAUCGCAUGAGCUGACAAUCGAUCGCGCCGCCGUUAUUUGUGAAAAAAUGAGCUUUAAAGGAUAUUUCAGUUUAACCAAAACAGCUACGGGAAUUUUAUUCAAAUUUUCGCAUCCAGAGGAUUUCCAAGCGGUUUUCCGAAAGGGUUUUCAUCGAGUAACGGGAGCACGUUUCUACAAAAAAGUCGCGAUUCCAUGCCGACCUCAGAAGACAUUCACGUUGUUUGUGUACGAUGUUCCAGAGGACGUGCCCGAAGAAGAUAUUCGUCAUUCGUUGUAUCGAUUUAAUUCGAUUGUCGAAGUUGUGCGUCUCGAAGUUGAAUAUAAGAAAAAUGCGGAACCUACUUCGCUUCCAGCUAGCGGAACCUCAACCCCAAAACCCGGUCAAAAAAUGGAAACGGAGUCAGUGAAUCUCACAAAGGAAACAAGUCUCCCGCCAAUUCGCAUCACGUUGGCAUCAUUGGAGGAAUACAACAGUUUAUUGACGAACGGUCUCGAUUUCUACGGCGCAACUUUCUUCCCGACAGAUGCGGAAUUGCCAUCGGAUUCGAUUGCACGUGUAGCAAUUCGACGAGGAAGAUUAACAUACAAGAGUAUUGCUGGACAAGUCAGAGAGUUACUGCCCGUGUUCGAUGCUUCAGGAUUUACUAAAAUUCCGCCGCCAGCCAGCAAAACAAUGAGACCCGGAUAUCACGGAGGAAAAUGAUUCGAAAAAUUGGAUGA